AUGAAGUGCUGGGACAUGGAGACUAGGACGCGGUCGGGGAGAAGGCGGGAGGGGUGGGAGCGGAAGGUCUUGACGUAGCUGAAGAUGUAGUCCCAUCGACCGCAGUUGAGGCCCAGGGAGUGGUCUCGCAGCUCGUAGAGGAUCUCGUCCAUCUGGAACGCCGCGGGGAGCGUCUCUAUCAGCACCGUCGCCCUUAUGCUUCCCUUCUCGAUCCCGGCGAACUUCUCCGCCCUGUUGAACACGUCGUCCCAUAUCUUCGCCUCCCUGCCCACUACUAGUAUUAGCGAGAGAGAGAGAGAGAGAGAGAGAGAGAGGGAGAGUGGAAAGGGAAGGAGAGAGAUACUCGAGAAGAAGCCGGAGACAAAGAAGGAACGUUGUGGAGGGAGAUACAGAGAGACCUUUGGAGAGAGAGAGAGACCUGGAGUGCUCCAUCUUGGGGAGGUAGAAGAAGGGCCCGAAGCCGGCGCCGUGGCUGGCGCGGAACGCGGCGUGGUUGUGGAAGAAGUAGAGGCCGAAGUCGAGGAGGCAGGCAAUGGCGGGCUCGCCGUCGAUGA